AUGUGAUUUAGGGUUUGUUGUUGUUGUUUGUUUUUUCUUUUUUGAUUGUUUGAUUUUAGUGUUAAUUAUUGUUUUGCUUUUUGUUUCCGAAUUAUCACAGGUAACAUGACAGCACCCCCUCACCUGGAGUCUUCAGGUGUGACAGUAACUCCACAUGCAGAUCAGAACAGUCUGAACUCACCUGCAGAUCUUGUUCAUCAUUCUGAUACCACUGUUGAUCAGCCAGGACCAGAUCAAACCUUCCUGAGUUCAGGACUUGAUCAAUCACUACCCAGCUCUGUCUCUGGUUCCUCCCACUCUGCAGGGUCAGUGUCUUCAUCCUCAACACACAUUGAAGCUCUCAGAGACCCGAAAGAUGCAGCUGAUUCAGCUAAUACUGAUGGAAACGGUCGACAGACCCUGUUGACAGACACAAAUGGAGCAGAGACAGAAAAACUGAUUUCCCUCAGCGAUCUUUAUACUGAUCUCACAGGUGGUGCAGAGUCAGUAACCAGGGUUAAUGUCAAUCUCACAGUUUCAGGUCUUGGAUUCGGGCAUGAUGUCACAGAGUCUCCAUCCAUUAUGGAUCAAACUGCGUCAGUCGACGUCACACAGACACAUAACCCAGUUUCAGGCGUUCACCCUCACACAGAUCUGGUUACCAUGACAGCAGACUUCUCUGGGACAGAUACAGUUGCAACAGAUCAUACAGGAAAGCUUCUCAACUCUAGUCUUCCAGCUGUGACAGAUCACACACAGAUGGCUGGUUCAGUUACUGAACAGUACAACCCAUCUGGUCAGGGUCCUGAAGGUGCAGAAAAUGUGGAACUGGAGGAUACCUGCUGACUUCCACAUCAAACCCCGAGUUCGCUUCCUGCGUUACCGUUUCCAGUGUACCGACCAAUCAGCGCGGCCAAUGAAAUCUGACCCCUCCCACUAGCUGUAGGCCCCUCCAGUGAAUGGCAGCAGGAGUUUUUUUUUUUUUUUUUUUUUAAUAUUUAAAAAUGUCGGUUUAUAGACAUUUAUUUUGUCUUAGAGAAUCAUGGAGGGAAAGUAAAGAAAAUUAGUCUCAACAGUGUGAUGAGUCAGAUUUGAUCUGAUGACAUCAAAAAGGAAGUGACGUGUUCAUUGUAAA